AGGAGCUGGGAAGCAGUGCAGAGCAGAGAGCAGAGCAGAGCUGCCGUUGAGAAAAGGUUACUCCUGGUUCCUGGGGUGGAAGCUUCCCAACAUAGGGCUGCCUGAAGCUUGGCCAGAUCUGCCUCAACUUGCUGAACUGAGUUUGCCCCACCCGGGGCAGUUUCUCCUAAGUCCCUACCCUGGGCCCUCACCAUGGCCAAGUCCCCCGGCUGCUGCUCCGUCUGGGCCCGCUGCCUCCACUGCCUGUAUAGCUGCCACUGGAGGAAAUGCCCCAAAGAGAGGAUGCGAACCAGCAAGUGCGACGGUAUCUGGUUUGGCCUGCUCUUCCUCACCUUCCUCCUCUCCCUGGGCUGGCUGUACAUCGGGCUCAUCCUUCUCAAUGAUCUGCACAACUUCAAUGAAUUCCUGUUCAACCACUGGGGACACUGGAUGGACUGGUCCCUGGCAUUCCUGCUGGUCAUCUCUCUACUGGUCACAUAUGCAUCCCUGCUAUUGCUCCUGGCCCUGCUCCUGCGGCUCUCUGGCCAGCCUCUGCGUCUGCACAGUGUCCACAAGGUGCUGCUGCUCCUCAUUAUGCUUCUUGUGGCCGCUGGCCUUGUGGGACUGGACGUCCAAUGGCGGCAGGAGUGGCGUAGCUUACGUCUGUCAUUGCAGGCCACAGCCCCAUUCCUUCAUGUUGGAGCAGUUGCUGGCAUCACCCUCCUGGCCUGGCCUGUGGCUGAUACCUUCUACCGUAUCCACCGAAGAGCCUGUCCCCUACUCCCCACAGGUCCCAAGAUUCUGCUACUGCUCUUAUUUUUUGGAGUUGCCUUGGCCAUCUACUUGGCCCCCCUGUGCAUCUCCUCACCCUGUAUCAUGGAACCUAGAGACUUACCUCCCAAGCCUGGGCUGGUGGGACACCGAGGGGCCCCCAUGCUGGCCCCCGAGAACACCCUGAUGUCUCUGCGGAAGACAGCCGAAUGUGGAGCUGCUGUGUUCGAGACCGACGUGAUGGUCAGCUCCGACGGGAUCCCCUUCCUCAUGCAUGAUGAGCACCUGAGCAGGACCACAGAUGUGGCCUCUGUGUUCCCAACCCGAAUCACCACCCACAGCAGCGACUUCUCCUGGGCUGAACUGAAGAGACUCAAUGCUGGGGCCUGGUUCCUAGAGAGGCGACCCUUCUGGGGGGCCAAGCGGCUGUCAGGCCCUGAUCGGAAAGAGGCUGAGAAUCAGAGAGUACCAACAUUGGAAGAGCUAUUGAAGGAAGCUGCAGGCCUCAACCUUUCCAUCAUGUUUGACUUGCGCCGCCCCCCACCAAACCACACAUACCAUGACACCUUUGUGAAUCAGACAUUGGAGACUGUGCUGAGCGCAAGGGUGCCCCAAGCCAUGGUCCUUUGGCUACCAGAUGAAGAUCGGGCUAAUGUCCAACAACGAGCACCCAGAAUGCGCCAGAUAUAUGGACAGCAGGGAGGCAACAUAACUGAGAGGCCCCAGUAUUUCAACCUCCGCUAUCAAGACCUGCCACUGUUGGAUAUCAAGUCACUACACAAGGACAAUGUCUCGGUGAACCUAUUUGUAGUGAACAAGCCCUGGCUCUUCUCCUUACUCUGGUGUGCAGGGGUGGAUUCAGUCACCACCAACGACUGCCAGCUGCUGCAGCAGAUGCGUUACCCUGUCUGGCUUAUUCCCCCUCAAACAUACCUAAUGAUGUGGAUUGUUACUGAUUGUGUCUCCACCCUGCUGCUUUUGUGGACCUUCCUGCUCCAAGGGAGAUGUGCUAAGGAGAGAGAGAGAACUGGCUUAGAAACAGCAGUGCUGCUGACCAGGAUCAACAAUCUCAUAAUGGAGUGAAUGCCCUGCCCUGGGCCCCCGCCAGCCAGAAUCUGAGGCCCGUCUGCACUAGCCAACAGCAAGGAAAGCAGAAUGGCUGAAGUGGAACGUUAGCCCGUUUGGGGUGGGGUGAACUUUGCCAACAGGAGGUUUUGAACUAUGAGGGUGCUCUGCCCAGAUGGUGGGCAUGCCCCAAGUUUCCAUGGAAUCUGCUCCCCUUGGGGUUUUGACCUGAGGUGGUUGGGAAGACAAUGAGUCAUGAGAAGUUUCUCCCAAAACAAAACUAGAACAGAGGAAGUGAAAAGGAGAUUGCUAAGAUAAUGUUUCAGACCUGUGUGCACGUGUCCUUGUGUAGAAGGCACAGGGUGUGUCAGGGAUGUGAGAGCUUGGAACAGCGACUGAAGGAGAUGACAAAACGGCCUUUCCUGGAGAACUGUGAGAUGAUGGAGACGCCAACCCCCCUCCCCUCACUGUCUCCCCUGAUCCCUGCAAUUUAGCUGCUUUCCUGCCUAGAGGCUGGGGGCUAAAGAGCCCAUCUAGCCAUGUAAUUUUGUGCUUUUUGCUGUGCACAGCCUUUUCUUCGAGACAGGUUGAUUCCUGUAUCUUGUCUGUUAAUCUGUUAAUCAAUGAAUUUAAUUCCCAUUU